CCAGAGUUGUCUUACAUCAGCUCAGUGUGCCUGGAUAUGAGGUCUAAGUGAGUACAGAGAGAAAGGAACAGCCUGGAUUUUACUUUGGUUUUCUUUCUCACUGGUUGGAAUUAACAUCUCACUGGACAAAUGGUUUAAAAGAAGCAGGAUUCAUAUAGAAUGAAGGCCAGGUCUCGAUUUGAGAUGAACCACCUUUGGAAGAUCAUCUUUCCCCUAUCACUUCUUCUGUACCUCUCAGGGAAUGUAAAGUCCCAAGUAAAUCCAAGUGUGUGUCGAUCCCCUCUAGGGAUGUCUGGAAGGCAGAUCUUAGAUGAAGACAUUUCAGCUUCAAGUCAGUGGUCUGAGUCCACAGCAGCAAAAUAUGGCAGACUGGAUUCAGAGGAAGGGGAUGGUGCGUGGUGUCCAGAGAGCACGAUUGAACCAGAGAACAUGAAUGAGUUCUUGCAGAUUGACCUUCGCUCUCUGCACUUCAUCACCCUGGUGGGCACUCAGGGGCGACACGCGGGAGGCAUUGGGAAUGAGUUUGCCCAGACCUACAAGAUCAAGUACAGUCGCGAUGGCAGCCGCUGGAUCUCCUGGCGCAACCGGCAAGGAAAGGAGGUAAUUGAGGGUAACAGGAAUGCCUAUGACAUUGUGCUCAAGGACCUGGAGCCGCCCAUCAUUGCACGCUUUGUGCGCUUCAUGCCUGUCAUCGACCACUCCAUGAAUGUGUGUAUGCGUGUAGAGCUCUAUGGCUGCGAGUGGCUAGAUGGCCUGGUGUCGUACAAUGCUCCGCUUGGCCAGGAGAUGAUCCUCCAUGAUCAGGAGGUUUACCUCAAUGACUCUGUGUAUGACGGUGCCAUACUUUACAGUAUGACAGAAGGUUUGGGCCAGUUGACGGAUGGUAUGUGUGGUCUGGACGAUUUUACUCUCAGUCAUGUCUACAAUGUGUGGCCUGGCUAUGACUAUGUGGGCUGGACCAACGAGAGCUUCCCCAAUGGAUAUGUAGAGAUCAUGUUUGAGUUCGACCGAACACGCAACUUCACCACUAUGAAGGUGCACUGCAACAACAUGUUCUCUCAGAGAGUGAAGGUCUUCCAGAAGGUGGUGUGUUAUUUCCGCUCAGACUUGGACUGGGAGCCAACACCUGUGUCUUUUAGUCCUGUGAUGGACGACGUCAACCCCAGUGCUCGCUUUGUUACCGUCUCCCUCCAAAACCACAUGGCUAGUGCCAUCAAGUGUCAGUAUUACUUCUCUGACAUGUGGAUGAUGUUCAGUGAGAUCACCUUUCAGUCAGAUACAGCGAUGUACAACACAACUUUAGCUCCCCGCAAGACCGGCGCUCCACCCAACACCCAACCAGGGGAUAACCCCGUUCACAAAGUAGACGACAGCAACACUCGAAUUCUGAUUGGCUGUUUGGUGGCCAUCAUCUUCAUCUUGGUGGCCAUCAUCGUCAUCAUACUCUGGAGACAAGUCUGGCAGAAGGUGCUGGAGAAGGUCUCUCGGAGGAUGCUUGAUGAUGAGCUAACUGCUAGUCUGUCAAUCCAGAGUGAGGCCUUCAGCUGUAACAACAACCUGACCUCAUCAGCACCCAGCGAGCAGGAGUCCAGCUCCACCUAUGAGCGCAUCUUCCCGCUCGGAGCAGAUUACCAAGAGCCCUCACGCCUUGUCCGCAAGCUGCCCGAUGUCUCCCAGGUCUCAGAGGACACUGCAUCCAAGUCCCCUCAGUCCAGCACUCAAGAAGGAGUUCCCCAUUACGCUGAGGCUGACAUCGUUAAUCUGCAAGGAGUAACAGGAGGAAACACCUACGCUGUGCCGGCUGUCACUAUGGACCUGCUGUCAGGAAAGGACAUCCCUAUAGAAGAAUUUCCCCGAAAACUGCUCACGUUUAAGGAGAAGCUUGGAGAGGGCCAGUUCGGAGAGGUGCAUCUUUGUGAAGCAGAAGACAUGGAGGAGUUCAUGGAUAAAGACUUCUCAUUUGAUGUCAGUGAGAAUCAAACAGUACUUGUGGCUGUAAAAAUGUUACGAGCUGAUGCAAAUAAAAACGCCAGAAAUGACUUUUUGAAAGAGAUAAAAAUAAUGUCGCGGUUGAAAGAUCCCAACAUCAUCCGGCUACUGGGGGUGUGUAUGAGCUCCGACCCCUUGUGUAUGAUCACUGAGUACAUGGAGAACGGGGACCUCAACCAGUUCCUGUCCCGUCAUGAACCAGAGGGCAUGAUCGCCCUUCUCAGCAACGCACCGACAGUCAGUUACAGUAACCUGCAGCACAUGGCCACCCAGAUCGCCUCAGGCAUGAAGUACCUCUCAUCACUGAACUUUGUGCACCGAGACCUCGCCACCAGGAACUGCCUGGUGGGCAAGAACUACACCAUUAAGAUCGCUGACUUUGGCAUGAGCAGGAACCUGUACAGCGGAGAUUACUAUCGCAUCCAGGGCCGCGCUGUGCUGCCCAUCCGCUGGAUGUCCUGGGAGAGCAUCCUCCUGGGUAAAUUUACCACCGCUAGUGAUGUUUGGGCGUUCGGAGUGACUCUCUGGGAGACACUGACAUUCUGCAAGGAGCAGCCGUACUCACAGCUCUCCGAUGAGCAGGUCAUCGAGAACACGGGCGAGUUCUUCCGGGACCAGAGGCGACAGAUCUACUUGCCGCAGCCAGCCAUGUGUCCCGACCCCAUCUACAAGCUCAUGUUGAGUUGCUGGCACAGGAAUGCCAAAGAGAGACCGUCUUUCCAGGAGAUCCAUCGAGUACUGCUGGAGAAUACACCUUAAUGUCUGCUCCUGUGCCAAAAGCAGCACUGCAAGAGACGCUUUAGUGUGACAGCAGGCCAGACAAACCACACACACACACACACACAGUUUAGAAAGGUACCCAGUUGAAUAAAGCCAACAGGGAAUAUGUAUAUUGUCAUAUUAAAUCCACCUAGGAGUGGCACAAGGCAGACGAUCAUGGGGCUAAAAUGUAGCAGUGAGUUCAGGCACUUUUGACAAAGAAAAAUGAUUUCAUAUUUGUAAUUUUUUUUUGUUACUUUUGUUUUGGCAUUUGUUCAUUCCUCACUCAAAAACACUUAAAACAAUAUAGUGUUUAAAUUUAAUACAUUUAAUUUAAAAAUAAUUUAGGGUAAUUGGAUAAAAAGAUAUGAAAUAGAAAUUUAAUGACACAAGAGCAUGUUUAAUAUUUUUUCCAAUACAUUAAAUCAGAAGACAGCUUGAAUGUAAAUAAGAAUUUCAGCUUCUUUUUAAAUUCUUUUUAAAGUCAGAUUUGUAAUUUAAAAAAAAUGUGUCACAUUAAUGUUCAUAUCAGUCAUCAAGAGGGCAUCAUGAUGAUUAUACAUAACAGCUAAAAGGCUCUUUCGUAAACUUAAUAACCACUUUCAAAAAAGUGGGUAAAACCCAAGCAUGCAUGGACUUGUAAUUUUAAAAACAUCAGUGUUCAUAUUUUUUUGUUACACUUUUUUUUUAGAUUUGUUAAAUUUUGCAAAUAUGUGACUAUUGUGUUCAUAUCUGUAUGUAUUACGCUAUAGUUUUUAUUCUAUUUCACCUUUUGGAUGACAUUUAAUGCUUCCAUGUGUGAAGUAAAAGUAGUUGUUAUUAUUUUUUACAUUAAGUAGGAUGAUGAUCUGUAUUGUCAGAUGUCAGUUUAAGGCCAUUAAUUUCACUUUGCUUUUUAAUAUUAUCAAUUCACCGUAUAGCUAUUCCUUUUUUAUUUUAUAUGUUUUAUAUUUUGUAUCUAGUUAUUUCAUGAUAAAUAUGCAAAUUAUUCUUAGCAAAUAAUACCAAAUUAAUGUUAUAUAUAUAAAAAAACAUAAGCUAUGUUUUGCUUUUAUGGUAACUUGAACCUAUUAUAUAUUUGGUAUAAACAAUGUAUAAAUAAUAAGUGCUUGUAAAUAGCUGAAAUUGAAAAAGCUGUUUGGGUAAAUACUGGAUUGGUAAUGUGGAGAUGGACGAUGACGACUUUGAUGGAGUUGCUACGGGAUACGGGAUGUGCUAUGGGAUGCCAAAAGCGCUGCACAUGCAAAGAUCAGUUUGUAUACUGUAUUAAAUAGUGAUGUUGCUUAUCAUCUAGAUUUAGAUGUAAUUAAUAUAAAGGCUGAUAUAAAAUGGAA